GCGCGCGCGCGUUUUGCGCGGCUGAGGCGUCGGAGCGCGCGGCGCGACCCCAUGGCGGAGCCGCGUGGCGAGUCGGACCCGCUUCUGGGCCGGGCCCGGGGUCGGAGCGGCCGCGACUGCGCGGGGUCGCCCACGUGCCACAGCGUGCGGGUCGGCGGAGGCGCUGAGGCCACGAGGAACCUCUGCUUCAACCAGGCCGUGGUCUUCAUUGAAGACGCGAUCCAGUACCGCUCCAUUUACCACCGCAUGGACACCCGCUCGAUGUGGUUUUACCGACGGUAUUACUCGGACAUUUACCAACGGAUUUUGGGCUUUGCCAUUUUCUUGAUCCUGUGUUUGGCUUUUGUGGAGACCCCCUCUUCGCUCACCAGCACCUCCGACGUCCGCUACCGCGCCAAGCCCUGGGAGCCGCCCUGCGGCCUGACUGAGAGCGUCGAGCUGCUCUGCCUGCUGGUCUUUGUGGCUGACGUCACUGUGAAGGGCUACCUGGUGGGGUGGACCCAGUUCAACAAGAGCCCCUGGCUGCAGGCCUACAUCUUGGUGCUGGCCGUGUCUCUGGUGGAUUGGGUGGUGUCCCUGAGUCUCAGGUGCUCCGAGACUGUGCGGAUUCGCCGGCUCCUGCGGCCCUUCUUCCUGCUGCAGAACUCUUCCAUGAUGAAGAAGACCUUGAAGUGUAUGCGGUGGACGCUGCCGGAGAUGGCCAGUGUCGUGCUGCUGCUCUCGCUCCACCUGUGCGUCUUUACUAUGUUCGGGAUGUUGCUCUUCACCGGGGAGAAGGACGGGCAGGACAAGGAGAGGCUGAUCUAUUUUCGCAACCUGCCGGAGGCCUUGACGUCCCUCCUGGUGCUGCUGACCACUGCCAACAACCCGGAUGUGAUGAUUCCUGCGUAUUCCAGGAACCGGGCCUACUCCAUCUUCUUCAUCUUCUUUACUGUGAUAGGAAGCUUGUUUCUGAUGAAUCUGCUGACGGCCAUCAUCUACAACCAGUUCCGGGGCUAUCUGAUGCAAUCCCUCCAGACCUCCCUCUUCCGGAGGCGGCUGGGCAUCCGGGCUGCCUACGAGGUGCUCUCCUCCAAGGCGGAAGAGGGGGCAGGCCACCCCCGCGCAGUUGGGGUGAAGCCUGAGACCUUCCAGAAGGUGCUUCAGGAAGUCCAAAUGAUUCCUUUCCUCAAACAAGCCAUGAUGAAGAGGGUGCACGCCUACAGGGGCAGCCUGCUCUCAGCCGACGAGUUCCAGAAAAUAUUCAGUGAGCUUGACAAAAGGGUGAUCAAGGAGCACCCGCCGCGGCCCGAGUACCAGUCUCCGCUUCUGCAGAGCGCCCAGUUCUUCUUCAGCCACCACUGCUUCGACUACCUGGGGAACGUCAUCGCCCUCGGGAACCUCGUGUCCAUCUCUGUGUUCCUGGUGCUGGACGCGGACAUGAUGCCUGACGACCGCGACGACUUCAUCCUGGGGGUCCUCAACUGCGUCUUCAUCCUGUACUACGUAAUGGAGAUUCCCCUGAAGAUCUUUGCCCUGGGCCUUCGAGGGUACCUGUCCUACCCCAGCAACGUGUUUGACGGAUUCCUCACCUUAGUGCUUCUGGUUUUGGAGAUCUCCACGCUGGCUGUGUACCGCUUCCCACACCCAGGCUGGAAGCCAGAGAUGCUGGGCUUGCUGUCCCUGUGGGACAUGGCGCGGCUGGUGAACAUGUUCAUCGUGUUUCGGUUCCUGCGCAUCAUCUUCAACAUGAAGCUGAUGGCACUGGUGACUCGGACACUCCUGGACCUGUUCAGGAACAUGCAGGCCUUCGCCGGGAUCCUGGUGGUGGUGUACUACAUCUUCGCUAUCGUUGGCAUUAACUUGUUCCGAGGAGUCGUCGUGCCUCCGGCUGCAAACAGCAGCCUGGCCUCCAACAGCUCAGCACCCUGCGGCUCCUUCGAGCAGCUGGAGUACUGGCCCAACAACUUCGACGACUUUGCAGCCGCCCUGACCACUCUCUGGAACGUGAUGGUCGUGAACAACUGGCAGGUGUUCCUGGACGCCUACCGGCGCUUUGCGGGCCCGUGGUCCAAGCUCUACUUCGUCCUGUGGUGGCUGGUGUCGUCUGUCAUCUGGUUCAACCUGUUUCUGGCUCUGAUUCUGGAGAACUUCAUCCACAAGUGGGACCGCUGCGACCACCUGCAGAACCUCCCUGAGACCCUGGAGACCCCCUACCAGAUGACUGUGGAGCUCAUGUUCAGGGAUGUCCUGAAGGAGCCGGAGGAGGAAGAGCUGGUGGAGAAGCUGAGCCAGCACCCGCACCUGAAGCUGUGCAGGUGACGCCCAGGUGCGCCCUCCCGGCUGGGCGGCAGGAUGGAGAUGCUGGCCUCGGGGCAGAGGCCGUCCGUGGGAAGAGGCGCAGGGGCCGUGCCCAAGAAGGAGAAGAUCUCUCCCUGGGACAGACCAUGCAGCUCUCCCGGAGGUCAGGGGACAGGACUGCGUCCCUCUCCGGCUGCUGGACAGAACCUCCACCUCCAGCUUCUCCCGCAGCGUCUCCGGAACGGCCGCCAGUGCUCGGGGCAGUGCCCACACCACACCACUCAUUCCCACGCAAGCUGCUCUGGGAUACUUUUAUUUUUUUAAAUAAGGAAAGGGGGUGACUCCACAAGGACCUUGAGGACAGUCUGGAAAGCAAGAAGCUGUGGCCUUCCCCUCGGGCCCCGCGGAUUCCCACUGGUGCCUUCACUGCUGGCGGCCUUCAGGAAUGAGGCCCACGGGCCUGCACUGGUCGGCCGGCACAUUUCCAGGGCAUCGGCCUGCGACGCUGGCGGUUUUACAGGAAGAGAAACUUGACAGUGUUUUAUUGUUUUAGGAAUUGGGUGAGUGUGUUUGGGUGUGUUUCUUUAUGAGUGAGAAUGCCAUUAAUUUUCAUCAAUGUCUUGCAAAAAAAAGUAUCGUCUUCGUUCUGA